CAAUCCAGCAAGCAGAUCCACCUCAUCAAGAUGACCAGAAUCGGCUGGUACGGUCUCGGGUCCAUGGGCCUGGCCAUGGCCAACAACCUGCAACGGCACCUAGCCACCAAAAAUGCCCUGAGCCUGCUCUACAACAACCGCACCAUGGCGCGCGGCGACGCCCUCAAGGCGCUGGGCGGCACGCCCGAAGCUAGUUUCGAGCAGCUAAUCGGCAAGUGCGGCAUUAUCUUCACCAUGAUCUCCAACGACACCGUCCUCCAAAACCUCAUCAGCAAAGCCCUCGCAUCCGGCCACUCCCUCAAAGACAAAAUCUUCGUCGACUGCUCCACCGUGCACCCGCACACCGUCGGGCUAACCGUCUCCAAGCUCGCCGCGCAGCAAGCCUCCUUCGUCGCGGCCCCCGUCUUCGGCGGGAACCCCAUCGCCGUCGACGGCAAGUUGGUCUUCGCGAUGGCGGGGCCGAAGCGCGCUACCGACGCCGUGCGUCCUUUGAUUGAUGGCGUUAUGGGUCGGAGGGUGAUUGAGUGUGGGGAGGAUGCGACGCGGUCGUCGCUUUUGAAGAUUGCUGGAAACAUCGUCACCGUAAACCUAAUGGAAGCCGUCGGCGAAGCGCAAGUCUUCGCCGAGCGAACAGGCCUAGGAACCGCGCCCAUGGAGGAGCUAAUCGGUGAAGCAUUCGGGCCUGUCGCAGGAGGAUAUUCCAAGAGAUUAACAACAGGCGCCUACGCGCCCCCCCUCAGCACACGCCCCGGCUUCGGCGUCUCGCUCGCCAUCAAAGACGCGAACCACGCGCGCACGAUGGCAAAAGACCACAACGUCGAGUUGCCCGGGUUGGAGAUCGCGCAGGAGAACAUGGAGGCGGCGCGCGACUACGCGGGCGAGUGUCUCGAUAGUAGUGCUAUGUAUGGGGUUCUGCGGCAGAAGGCUGGGAUGGAGUUUUGGAAUGAGAAGAGUAGGGGUGGGGAUGGACAAUAGAUGUG